UAUUUUCUUCCUUGAAAAAACCGGCGCAUUGGUUCUCCUCCAUCUCUCUCCUUUUCUCUUCUUCAAUCGCUUCGUUUUCCUUCCAUUGCUCUCUCUCUCUUUCGACGCCAUUGAAACCCUCAUUCUCUGUAUUAGAUCCAUUCCCUUUCAAUCUCUCUAAGCUUUUCUCAUUCAAAUUCAUCUUCUCCGAUUCGAUUUGCCCCUUUUUUGUGUUCCUUUUGACGAGCUACAGAGGGCUCUGUUUUUCGUCUCUCACAUUUUGGUAGCCGAUUGUUUGUCUAAUUCUAUCUCCCAUCCAAUCGGGCUCUUCUGUGUUUAGGGAUUUUCGUUCUAAUCCGAUCAGUCUGUAGCGAGAAUUUUUCGGUUUUGCAUUUUCGUUGACUUUUAUUGAGGAUUCUACGACUGCCGAUUGCCAUUUUCCAGAGCCAUUUUUUUUCGUUUGGUUUUGGAAAUAUAAUGUUAGGUGCAGGCUUGCAGUUUGCUCGUGGUUGUGGUGACGAUAGGUUUUACAAUCCAACGAAGGCCCGUAGGGCGCAUCAGGGCCGUCAAAAUGAUCAGCUCCGGAGAGCUCAGAGCGACGUUUCUGCUGGCCAAUCCCCUCUCGUUAAACCGGGCGUGGUGUCCUCGGUGAUUAGAGAAACCGAAUACGGCGAUGGGUGUGAAGAGCUCCCUAAAUCCAUUGCGAUGUCGGCUUUUGAGCCAGUCGUGUCGUCGUUGAGUAAUCUCGAGCGGUUCUUGCAGUCCAUCGCGCCAUCUGUACCUGCACAGUACCUCUCAAAGACAACGAUGAAGGGUUGGAGAACCUGUGACGUGGAAUUUCAACCAUACUUUGUCCUAGGUGAUUUGUGGGAGUCUUUCAAGGAAUGGAGUGCUUAUGGCGCAGGUGUGCCUCUUGUAUUAAACGACAGUGACAGUGUUGUCCAAUAUUAUGUACCAUAUUUAUCUGGUAUACAGAUAUAUGGUGAAUCCUUGAAGUCCUCUGCAAAGUCAAGGCAACCAGGUGAGGACAGUGAUAGUGACUUCCGAGAUUCUAGUAGUGAUGGUAGUAGUGAUUCAGAACCUGAACGCGCACUAAAAUACAUGGGGAAGCAACUCAAUCAUCACCAUUUAUCUUCUGAGCUUUUUCGUAGAAUGGAUAGGAUAUCUUUUCGGGAUCAGCUAAUUGGACUUCAAGAAGACUGUUCUAGUGAUGAGGCUGAAUCUCUCAAUUCUCAAGGCCAGCUACUAUUUGAGCAUCUUGAACGUGAUUUGCCUUAUAGUCGUGAACCUUUGGCAGAUAAGAUAUCAGAUCUUGCUUUUCAGUUCCCUGAGCUCAAGACAUUACGAAGUUGUGAUCUAUUGCCUUCCAGCUGGUUUUCUGUGGCAUGGUAUCCAAUUUACAGGAUUCCAACUGGACCAACAUUAAGGGAUCUGGAUGCCUGCUUUCUCACCUUUCAUCAUCUAUCUUCCCCAAUGGGAGGGGCACGUAGUGUUCAAGGUCCGGUAGUAACGUAUCCUAGUGAGAUAGAUGGUAUCCCUAAGAUGUCCCUACCAGUUUUUGGUCUAGCUUCAUACAAGUUUAGAGGGUCUUUAUGGACUCCAAAUGGUGGAUAUGAGUGGCAAUUGGCAAAUUCACUUUUGCAGGAUGCUGAGGAGUGGUUAAGAGAUCGUCAAGUAAAUCACCCCGACUUCAUCUUCUUCAGCCGAAGGUGAAAUGAAAUCCUUGCAACAUCUACAAUGCCUAAAACCUAAAGGUGGAAUAGUUCAUUACCAUGUCGUAAUUUGCUCUUUGUGGUGCCGUUCUACUUUCAGAAAAUUGGAAGGAAAAGGAAAAGAAUAAAAAAACCAAAAAAAAAAAAAACCAAAAAAGGGAGGAAAAAGGAAGGAAAAGAGAAGUUUGUGAUGGGAUGGAGGUGAGGUGGGUGGAUGGCGACUUGAACAAAAACAAAGGUCAAAAGGGGAAAAGGCUAUAAAGAAAAAGCUGAAAUACAGCAGUUGGAUGAAGAUGUAGAAGUUGUAGCAAAAACAUUGCCUAAAGUUGGUUCUACUUGCUGCUGCUUGUGCUGCAUGGUAGGUUUUUGUCCUUUCUUUUUUCUCUUUAAUUACUGAGUUUUUUUUUUCCUAUAAGUUAUUAACUGUAGGCGAAACGAAAAGAAAGAAAAAGAAAAAAAAACCCAAAAGAAAGAAAAACAGGCCCUUUUUACUGUCCUGAUGAUGUUUAGAAUGUAAACUAUGGAGAGGGGAUUUUUGAUAGGAAGGUUAUGUUAGGAGUAAGCUAUGGAUCCCCCCCAAUGUAUUUGAAUGUUUGUUUAUGCACCUUAGUUGCUAUUGAAAACUGUAUAAUUUGUUAUGAAGAGCUUCGUUAUCAAUGAACCAUCAUUAUUCAAGCUCUCAA